GUAAAAUAACCAUAUUUUGUAUCGCAAACAAAGUAUAAUUAUAACGAAAACAAAGCUUAAAAAAUGCACUGCCGUGCUUGUAUGCAAGUGGAUUGUCAUACAGUUGUGGAUAUGAAUUGUGUCGGAACUCCGGAGGAUGGUAAAACACUAUACGACUACUUUAAUGAAUGCACUCAACUGCAAGCAACAGCGAAUGAUGAACUUCCACAAAUAUUAUGUACAACUUGCACAGAAGAAUUACAUGAUGCCUAUAAUUUUAUAAAAAAGGCACGUAAGUCCGAUGGAGAACUCAAAAAGAUUUUGACAAUCCAAAAAGAUGGCGUAGACAUUUAUACUACUACCCAAACUACACAGUAUGCAGUUGAAUGUACAAAUGAUCCAUUAUCUACGCCAGAACAACUAAUUGUCGUAACUGAAACUUCAAACCCUGCUAACGAUGCUGAAGUGGCUAUACCUGUGCCAGAAAUAAAAGUAGAGUUAGAGUUAGAUAUUCCUGAAGAUUUUGAAAAAAUAAUGGAGGAUCAUGUUGUGAAAAGUGAUUCCGAAUCUUCGCUGCAGGGUAACAGUGAUGAUGACAGCGGUGACGUUAUCAAGCCGGGUGUGUCACAUUCUUGUGAAAUAUGCGAUUGCUCAUAUUUAACGCAAAAGGAACUGAAAGAUCAUAUAUUUGAUGUACACAAAUCUCACAUCAUCUGCAUGAAAUGUCCAAAAGUUUAUGAGCUUCCCACGGAAUUACAACUUCAUGAAUCUCUUGUGCAUGGCACGGAAUCACCAUUUCAAUGUACAUGGUGUAAUGAAUCCUUACAACGUGAAGAUCUACCUAAACAUAUUCAGAUGACGCAUAAGAUUUCAUAUUCCAAAUAUUUUCCGCGUACGAAAAGGCGUUGCAAUAAUAAUGAUGAGAAUAAUAGUUUUGAAUGUGAUGACUGCCAACUGCAUUUUUCAUCCAUACUUGAGUUAGCCUAUCAUGUAAAGGAACACAAAUUUGAAUGUCCAUUAUGUCUAAAGAGUUUUCGAAAACAUGGUACGUUUCGGGCACAUGUUAAACGCAUACAUAAUCAUUCAAUAAGUAGCUUAAAAGUUGCGGUUGGUGUUGAGGACGUCGAAGCAAAUAAGCCGUACAAGUGUUCCUUAUGCUCCAGACAGUUCAGAUUGAAACGGUCUCUUCAAGGACAUUUGAAAGUGAAACAUAACCAGUAUACACGGCAAAAUGUAAAAAACGAUGAGGAUAAGCUAUUUGAAUGUGCGUUUUGCACUAUGCGCUUUGCUAGCCAAAAUUCGCUUUAUCAUCACAAAAGACGCAAACAUCGAGAUUUAAUACAAACACCUGUUGCUGAUAAUGAAAUCAAUACUACGGUGGUGGAAAUGGAGAAUGACAAAGCAAACAGUGAAUUUGUUAAUUGCACAUUUUGUCAUAAGGAUAUACCAAGAAGUGAAAUUAAGCAUCACGAAAGACGACACAAGUAUGCCUUGAAUCGAAAAAGAAAAUUUCUGUGUGCAUUCUGCCCGCGUGAAUUUAACUCUGAAGCUUCUGUUAAAUUGCACGAAAAGAAGGUUCAUAUGUGUGAAAAACCCGAACCCAAAGAAUGUCCAAUAUGCCAGAAAAAAGUUGAUCCGAAAUAUUUAAAAAACCACAUGGAGAACGUGCACACGUCCGAGCGUAAAUUUAUCUGUGAUAUUUGCGGUGAUCCUUUCAAGAGUUACGUUUUGCUUCACAGCCAUAAACGUUUGCACUUGGAGCGAAAUUUCGCAUGCACCGUGUGCGAGAAAAAAUUUAUACGCUCAUCCGAUCUGAAAGUACACAUGCGCAUACACACAGGCGAAGAGCCAUAUGAAUGUCAUUUGUGUGAUCGUAGAUUUAAAAUCAAAGUGCGCCUUAAUUAUCACCUGCAGCGUCAUGCUGGCAUCAAGCGGAAGUGUCAGGAGUGCGGCAAGGAAUUCAAUCAUGUUAAACAGUUAAAAAUCCAUUCAUAUAAACACACUGGCAUGCCAUAUCGAUGUUCUGUGUGUGAAUACGGCUGUGCGCAACGUGAUGUUUUUCGAAAGCAUUUAUUGCGUAUGCACGACAUGACUAUGACUGAUGAGGAAUAUUGUGCAAUGUUCAAAGCGAAUACUGGUCGUAAUCCACAUGUGAAGACUCUGGAGGAAUUGCAGUCGGAGGCGCAAAGUAUGGAGCAAGAGCAAGAGCAAGAGCAGUCAAACUAAAACAUCGUACAACGAACAAAAAAUAUGAUUUAUAUUUUUAAACUAUCCUUCCACGAGGCUGCGCUCGCAUUUAAUCCCUUGAAUAAAUAUCAAAAGUUUAUUAACAAUACAAAAUUACUAAAUACAUAAUAAAAUAUGUACACGAGUACUAUAACGCGAUGAUA